AAGAAACAUAUUAUAAACCCGAUAAUAAAAAUAAAAAAAUUAAAUUUAGGGCGGCUAAGUAUUACAAAAAAUCCUCAAAGCAAGGAUUUAUUACGUAUGAUCCCCCAGCCUUCCCCCGCAAUGAGCCCAUCCUAGUCCCCUCCCACAAUGAACGUUCUCAGAUUCUCCCUCACAAUGAACCUGCUUUGGUUCCUCCCUACAACGAAUCUGCCCUGGUUCCCCCCUACAAUGAACCUGCCUUGGUUUUUCUCUACAAUGAACUUGCCCUGGUUUCUCCUCUCAAUGAGCCUGUUCUAGGUUCUCUCUACAAUGAGCCUGCCUCGGGUUCUUCCCACAAUGAAUCUGCACUAACUUCCCUUCGCGAUGAACCUGCUUUGGUUCAAAGACUUGUUCUGGUUCCAGAUGAAUUGAUCAAUAAAAUGAAUGAACUUGAAAAAAGAACUGAGGCAUUAGAAGCACUUCAUAAUAACAAGAAAAGAAAA